AAUUUUAAUCACUUUUGCUUUCCAUUUCUUCCACUGUAUCAUACAUCAACAAAAAUAUUACUUGAGUGGAUUACAUUACAAAAACACUUCAGAUUUCCAAAUGAAAAAUGCUUUGCACUAACAGACCAAACGCAACAGAAUUGAUAAUACUUUUAAAACAGUUAAGAGUUACUGUUGAACCUAAAUUAUUUAUUAAAAGUCGAUAAACCAAAUACCUACAUCAUUUUUCAUAAAAAUGUUUCCCUUUUUCCUUCCUUGAAUAAAUUCACUAUUAGCUAAUAGCAUAUUUGUAACUUUGUGUAAUAUGUCUCGUUACUACGUAACGGUAACCAUGGACAAUCUCUUAAACAUUGAUCACAUUAUAUAUUUUGAAAGCACGAACUAUAGUAAGUAAAAAAAAGGCGAUGAGUAAUUUUCAAACUCGUUUUUUUGUAAAUGCAGCAGGUUUUCAUCUUGGGUUCAAAGUGGAAGAAGACGAAUGGGAAAAGAGUACCGAAAACUUAAACUGUUUAACCCAAUUUUUAAGUCAAGGUGACAUUUUGUGUUUGUACGCAACCCUUGACAAAAAUAAAGGGAAAAAACUUAAGUUUGAAAAUAAGAUGAAUAUGUCUGAGGAUAAUCCAGAAAAGGUUGUAGUAUUCUACAAAAGUAGCCCAAUUAUCAUUACUGAUGACAAUAUGUUCAUGGUACAAACGGUGGCUGUACAGGGAACUCCGACUACUGCCUUGUACCAUGCACUUAGUAACGUUUUUGUUCCCCUUUUCAGUCAGAACAACACUACCUCCACAAAUACAAUUGUUCAAAAACAAUUAGCCAAUCUUCAGAUCGGACUUCGUAAUUUAGCUAACAUUACCAACGACGAAAAUUCUAAGCAAGGAAAUGAAAAUGAAGUGCUGACUGUUAUACAAAAUUUAGAUCACGAGCUUGAGUAUUGGAAGAAUAAAUCGGAAGCUUCUGCUACGAAAAAGGAUAUUCAAAAGUGUUUAGACGUUAGUGGCAUUAUAGAACAACUUGCAGAAAAUUUUAGGGUCCUGGAGGCUUUGCCCCUUCCCGAAAUCGAAGACAUUCUCGAAAAUGCUCACAGUAGCUUGGACGAUCUUUGGAGACUUGAUGUUCCCUAUCCAAAAGCUAGAAUGCAGCAUCUGAUGGAUCUAAUUUCUUUCGACUUGGUAAAAUGUUUAUCAAAACAUGUGAAAGAUUCGAACGUUUGGUCGGAAGAUUUUAUGUCUGUACUUGAAACAUUGAAUUUAUGCAUUAACACCGGCGAACAUUGGUUGACUACAUGCAAACAACUGACUGAAAUUUAUUGGCCCAAUUAUUCGUUACAUGUUUGGAAAGGAAAACCACAUGUUCCAAGCAAUCUACAAGCACUUGUCGAUAGAGUAAAAGAAGUAUUGAAUGUCCGCACUGUCCAUAGACAAAUCGUUCGGCUUUUGACUGCAUCUGAAGUGGAGGACUUAAAAACGAACGAAACAUUCAAACCGUUUCAGGACGUUGAAUAUCUGCGCACAGAUCCUUAUACAGAAGGUCAAUGGAAAACAGCAGUUAAAAAAUUUGAGUAUCUCUUUCAACCUGCUGAACAAAGGGUUGCAACAAAAUUAAGGAAGCAGCUCUCAGAUACAACAGCUAACACUCAACAGCUUUUGCACGAAUGCUCUCGAUAUUGUGAACUGAUAAGCAGGCCAAUCGUUAAACAAGUUUUGCAAAAUGAAAGACAGUAUUUACUUUCGGUGUCGAAAGACUACCUAAAAGAAUUGGCUGCCCAAAUGACCUCAGACGUUAGACCAGAUUUUGACAAAUAUAACACAUCACAAACUGUUGCUGAAAUAAUGAACUUGAGACAGUUAGAACUUAAGGUACAAAGAGUUGAUGGUAUAAGCGAUAAAUUACUGAAUGAUUUACAUGGGUAUGACGAACUUAAGCAAGCUACAAAGCAGUUAACAAAAGAAAUAAGAGAACAACAUUCAGAUCUUUUCGAUUCCUGGACCAACGACAUUUAUACUAGUAUAAAAAGUAACCAUUUAAGCUUAAAAGAAACCGAUCCAGUGGUCCAAUUUUCAAAAGAUAAAAUGAUGGAAGUUAAUUAUUCUCCUCGCUUGGUGGUCCUAAUAGGAGAAGUUCGUCAGUUAGCCUCGUUCAACUAUACCAUACCAGACAGUAUCAUAGAAGUGGCAGAUCUUGCCAGCAAGUUCAUGAGACACGCUCGAACAUUGGAACAAAUAGCUAAUUUUCACAAUACCAUCGGUGACCGAAUGAUACCUUCCCAAAGACCAAUGAUGUUAGCAAGCGCGGUGGCUCUUUCAAAAUUGGUUCAAGACCAAGAAGUUGUCACGUGGAGCGACGUAAAAUCUGUCGAAAAGUACGUGAACAUAUUAAAGAAUGCCGUGGAAAAACUAUCCGAUGAAAAUGAUCUUCUCACAGAUUAUCAUAGCAAAAUAAAGGAAAAGAUCGCGGAUCUGGAAGAUGUUGAUCUUAUUAAGCAAUUUCAUAAAUGGAAAGAUGCCUUAAAGUUCGUCCAAAAUAUAGUCAACCAAGUCCAAACUAAAGGUUUCCAAAAUAUGGCCACGUGGAAGACGGAUAUUGAUAAGCAGCUUGCAACUGUCCUGGAAAAGAAAUACAUCCAAAGUUUCGAUACACUUCAUCUUUAUUUGCCGGAGAUACACGUGGACUUGGCUUACAGAAAUAAUGAAUUACAAUUUUCCCCUUCUGAAGAAAUUCUAGAAGAGAAAUACAACCAGCAAUUGAAAAGAUUUAUGGAUCUCCCUAAGAAACUCACGGGAGUGUCAGAGACAGUUUCGGGAAAUGUUUUUGCAGAAAUUGUGGAGAGGAGCAAAGAACAUUUGGAUAUUAUUAAUAAGCAUAAAAAUGAUUUGUUCAAGCAACUUCAAACCGUUAAAACUCAUUGGAAGUCUUGGCUAACCCUCGAUGGAUUGGAUACUUCUCAGCUUAAAUCCUGGCAACAGUGGGACAUUCAAUUUAGAGCAUCAAAAACUUUUGGGCAAGAAAUUGCUAAACUUCCAAGUAGUGAAGAAAGAGUUGGUUGCUUUAUAGUGGGCCUAUCAUGGUUAAGAAUGGAUUUGGAAAAUCAUAAUAGAAACCAUUGGUCUCAACUUACAAUCAGUUUGAAAGAUUCUAUUGCCCAGGACGUUUUUAAAUUGCAACAAUACAUUGACUCUUCAACAGCCAACCUCCACAAACAACUUUUGACAAUAGAACAAUUUGGUGAAGCAGAUUUAGGGUUCUCAAAGAUUUUAAAUGACAAACCAGAGAUGGAAAACGUUCUGCAAGAAGUUCUCCAAAAGUGUAAAACUUUGUCGAGUUGGACAAGGGAACAAGUGGAUUCGGUUAACAGAUUGCAAACUGCCUGGGAGAGAUUAGAAAGCUUAUUAGAAAACCACGAACACAUUAUUACACGCCAGAUAGAAACAAUGAAGAUCACUUUGAAUGUUACUAGAGAAAACCUAAUGCAUGACUUACAGCGGUUUGAAGCAAAAUGGGAACAAGUUAAAACCCAUCCUGGAACUGAUCAAAACAACAUGGACAGUCUCAAAACUUAUUUGGACAAAAUUAAAGAAAAGAGAUUACAAUGGGACGAGUUAACACAAAAGAAAGACGCUCUGUUAAAUGAGUACUUGCGAUUGAACAUGGAGCCACCGGUUAUUCCAAUUUUCGAUGAGGUUGAAGCUGAUUUGAAACAGCAGGAAGAUCUAUGGAAACCUUUUGAAGAAUUCUCUUCAGAAAUCAACCAACUUAUGGACGAAGAGUGGAUCGUAUUCAGGAAGAAAAUAUACCGCUUGGAAGAGUUUCUAAACAAAUGGGAUACAGCGCUCACGACAAUGGAAAAUCCUUCACCAGCUCUACAAAUAGAAAUAGAGAAAUACACUGAAGUAAUACCAAUUCUCCAAUAUUUAAGAGGUGAGUAUUUCACCGACAAACAUUGGUCAGAAAUUUUUGCUUUAUUGGGAAUUCCUCAAAAACCAAUUGACGCAAUUUGUCUACGAGAUUUUCUAAACGUAGCCCAAAAGAUCGUUGAAGAAGGGUCAAAACUGCAGAUGAUAUCGAAAAAAGCAGCAAGUGAAAUUGUUGUGCGACAGGCAUUGUCAGAACUUGAAUUGUGGGAUUUCCAAACAAGAUUCGCUCUGACUCUACACACUGAUUCCAAACGAGUCAAUUUGAUGCUAAUAAAAGAUUUCAAAGAUAUACUUAAUAAAAUCGGAGACAAUCAAAGUCUACUGCAAUCCGUUAAAAACUCAUCAGAUUAUGAAACCUUUUCUGAAAGGAUAACAUCAUGGGAAAGUCGACUCAUUGACUUGGAUCGUUAUAUAACAUCUUUAGCGCAAAUUCAGAGAAAAUGGUUGUAUUUGGAACCAAUAUUUGUAAGCGGCACUUUAAGUCAAGAAAAGGGCAGAUUUAAUAGAAUUGAUAAAGAUUUUCGACGAAUUAUUACCUUUAUCGAAAAAGAACUUAAAGUUACUUCAUUACUUAAAUUUCCAAAUAUUGGAAGCACCCUAGAAAAUUUACAGGAACAACUUACGAAGUGUCAACACAGUUUGGAUAAAUUUCUCGCUGAAAAAAGAAAGAGAUUUCCCCGAUUUCUUUUUUUGAGUGACGAUGACCUCCUAGAGAUCGUCGGUCAAUCGUCAAAAGAACACGUCAUCCAAUCGCAUUUGAAAAAACUAUUUGGUGGUAUAAAUUCAAUUAAAUUGGACGUCGAUAAUAAAAACAUUAUUGCCAUGUGUUCCCUUCAAGGAGAAACUGUAAUUUUGAAUCAACCCGUAGAUAUUAAUCAGCCUGUUGAGGAUUGGCUCAACAGUUUAGUGAAAGAGAUGCAAAUUACACUCAGGUCGCUUUUAACACGUUGUUUAUCAGAAGGAGAAAAUGCAAAUCCUGCAAAGUAUCCAUCACAAAUCCUUUGCUUGUCCAACAGUAUUACGUUCACGAAACAGUGUGAAAAAGCCAUUGCCGAUAUGGCUUUGGUCCCCCUAUUGGGCAGCUACAAGUCCCAACUAGUCCAUUAUAGUUCGCUAAAUUUCAAUAGAAAUAAUCAAAGUAACGAAAACAGCGGUUCCGAUGUUUUGGAACUAAAACUCAAAACACUUUUAGUUGACACCAUACAUAACGUGUCUGUUAUUGAAGAAUUGAUAGCAGAUAACGUUGCCAAAGAUAAUGAUUGGACGUGGAGGAAACAACUUAGAUUUUAUUCAGAUACAUCUGGAAACGUAACUGUAAAAAUGGUAAAUGCAGAAUUUGAAUAUUCGUACGAAUAUCUGGGUAAUCAACCAAAACUGGUGCAAACAUCACUGACGGAUAAAUGUUUCUUAACUUUAACCCAGGGGAUGCAUCUGGGUUUAGGGGGAAAUCCUUACGGGCCAGCUGGGACUGGGAAAACAGAAACUGUUAAAGCUCUGGGUUGUCUUUUAGGACGUCAAGUUCUCGUGUUCAACUGUGAUGAGACAAUUGAUGCGACAUCGAUGGGGAAAAUUUUAUUCGGACUGGUUCAGUGUGGAGCAUGGGGUUGUUUUGAUGAGUUCAAUCGUUUAGACGAGGUCACAUUGUCGACAAUAUCUAUGCAUAUACAGUCCAUACAAAAUGCCCUUUACCACAAACAAAACACUGUAGCCAUGUUAGAGCAGGAGGUUCAAGUAAAUAAGCACAGUGGCAUCUUCGUCACCCUAAAUCCUGCCGGGGAGGGAUAUGGUGCCAGAAAUAAUCUACCCGAUAAUUUGAAGCAGCUAUUUAGACCAAUUGUAAUGACCCAACCUGACCAUGAGGAUAUUGCCAAGACCUUGCUGCAUUGCGAUGGUUUUAAACAUGCCAACGUUUUAGCAAAGAAAAUUGUAGAAAUUUAUAACUUGUCAAGCAAUCUUCUAAGCAAACAACAGCAUUACGAUUGGGGUCUUAGGGCCCUGAAGACUGUUUUGCUAAGUUGCGGCGAAUAUAUAAGACAAUAUCAUACGAAUGAAGAAAUCGGAACGGUCAACCUGGAAAAAGAACUUGAAUUUGCAGUGCAAUCUUUACGUAAAAACACUUUAUCUAGACUAACAUACGCUGAUAGUGUAAAAUUUGAAGCAUUGUUAGCCGACGCAUUUCCAAACACUCACAUCGAAAGCACAGGGCAUGAAGAAUUCCUUAAGGCCCUUGACGAGUCAUAUAACGAACUAAAGUAUCAAAUAAACGAAAGACAGAUAAAUAAAUGCAUAGAAUUUUAUGAACAACUGAAGCAGAGAAUGGGUGUGGCUUUAGUGGGUCCCUCAGGAUCUGGUAAAACGGUCGUUCGGACUUUAGUGUUUCAUGCAUUGAACAAAAUGGGGAACGUGUUAAAGCAAACAACAUUUAAUCCGAAAGCAAUAAAUAAAACACUACUUCUAGGGAAGAUUGAUACCGACACCAGACAGUGGAUGGAUGGCGUUUUGACCAGUUGCAGCCUGCAAGUGACCUCUGAACCACCAGACACCUGGUCGUGGAUAGUAUGUGAUGGUGAUAUUGACCCUGAGUGGAUAGAAUCGCUAAAUUCAGUUCUAGACGACAAUAGACUUUUGUCGUUACCUUCGGGUUGGCAAAUAAAAUUUGGGCCAAAUGUUAAUUUUGUUUUUGAAACCCAUGAGCUGAGCCAUGCUUCUCCAGCAACUGUUUCUAGACUUGGUAUCGUUUUACUUAACGAAGAGGACUUCACUGUGACAAACUACUUGGACGGAAUUGUGAACAGUCUGGAGGAUGAUGUUGGAGAUCUUUUGAAACAUUAUAUCCCUGAGUAUUUCUAUAAAGCUUUUGAUUGGGCAAAAGAUGAGGGUAAAUUCCCCCUUUCGAAAUCAAAUUUGUCAAUUGUAAAGACUGCCUUCCAACAUCUCUACGACGCCAAAACGAAAACUCAAUUUUUGGUUGGAUUGUUGAACGGUCUUGGAAGUCAAUUGUCUAGAGAUUGCAGAAACGUAUUUAUAAAACAGGUAUUUGAUUCGUUUGGAGAAAUGUGUCCAAAUCCUUCACACUUUCUUCUCUACGAUGAACGCUCGGAUAACAUAGAAAGCUACGAUACAGACGUAGACAUUACAUUUUCUGAAAAACAUAUAGAAGACAUUCCCCUUGUUAAAACUGCUUUAAUAAAUCAUAGUUUAGAUCUUCUGAGGAAAUGCCUUACACCAGGAGAAGAGAGACAUUUUCUGCUGGUGGCUGAACACGGUUCUGCCAAAUCACUUAUUAUAGAACAAUUAAUUAAAGAAAGAAGCGAUUGGGAAAUGGCUACAAUUCACUGCAGCGCUUAUGUUACUCCCGAAUAUGUUUCUUACAAGUUAUCUCAGAUGUGUAUGAUGAUAUCGAAAUCAAACAAACGAAUUUAUAAACCAAACAAAGGAAACCUAGUGCUUUAUUUCAAAAAUUUGCAAUUACUGAAGAACGAUCGGUGGGGUACCAAUAUUCUAAUAACAUUUUUACAACAGUUGAUAUGUUAUAAAGGAUUUUAUGAUUCAAAUUUGGAAUGGAUUGAGUUGGAGAAUUUCGUGAUCGCUGGCUCUUUAACACCGACGAAGGACUUGACAACGAGAUUUACGUCACUCUUCAACAUCUACUGCAUUGAUCCACCUUCUAAAGACGAUCUUCAGUUGAUAUUCUUGAGUUAUAUGAAUUUUGGAAUAGAAACUUUAUUCCAAAAAGGUCAACGAUUUUCCAAGAUCAACAUUUCAAAACUGGUUUUUGCAAUGUUGAAUAUCUACUACAAGAUGCAGGAACUUUUCGCUGCUUCCGAAUAUCAGUAUUACAGUUUCAGUCCUCACGAUUUAACCAAAUGGUUCAGCAACAUUUGGAGUUACAAAUAUAAUGACGACGAAAAUGUCGAAAAUGGGCUUUUAGAAACUGUGGUUUAUGAGGCUCAAACAAUUUUUAGAGAAAAACUUUUAAGCAAUGAAGAAAAACAAACGUUUGACGCUAUUUUAGGGGAAACUUUUGAACAUCUUGGCGCGAACCGAGAGUUUUUGAGAAAUGUUAACAGCAGAUUUUAUGUUCCUUUUAAACAGGUGUUGGUAAAUCAAAAGAGAAAUCGUCUUGCUCGAGUUACCAAAGAAGAAUGGACAGAGUCAGUAAAAAAGGCAAUUAGACAGUACGAAAACGACGAAAAGAUCCUGAAUGUUUCAAUAACACCAGAACUUCUUUUUGUAUCGUCAAUUGUUGCUAAAUCUCUUUCUGAGCCUUGUGGAAACAUUCUUCUAGCCGGAUCUUCUGGUAGUGGAAGGAAAUCCUCGGCAAAAAUUAUUUCUGUUUUACAAUCGGCAAAACUUGUUUGUCCAAUUUCAUCAACCAAAUCGUCGUUUUGUGGUGAUCUCAAAAUGGCAAUGCAAUUCGUAGGAGUCGAAGAUCAACCGUUGUAUCUUUUAGUAGAAGAUUUUUUACUUCAAAAUGCAGAGAUUUUAAGUAUCCUUAAUGUCCUUAUGCAGUCUGGAGAGGUGCCAGGUUUAUUUUUACCUGCUGAACUUGAAUCCAUUACCUCUGGUCUACGAGAUGACUCAAAUAAUUCGAGUUUCGACGGAAAUUUAGCCCAAUAUUUUGCUCAAAGGGUCUUGAACAAUCUUCAUUUUAUAAUCUGUUUGGAUGCAGACAAUCACGAAUUGACGAGCAUAUUCCAAUCUUGUCCAGCGUUAGUCCAACGGUGUUAUAUCAUGUGGUUACCAAAAUGGACACAAGAAACAAUGCAAAAUACACCAAAUGUUCUGAUAGACAACUAUAACGAAAAGCUAACAUUACAAUCAAACAAAGUAGAAAAGAUUCACUAUUUCUUUGACAUCCACAAAGUAGCAGAAGAAAUAGAAAAUUCUCCUUUCCACUACGUAACCCUUAUAAGAACAUACAUUGACUUGUAUACUGAAAAUUUGGAAACUAUUUUAAGACAACAGAAAAAGUUGCAGGGGGGAGUGUCUAAAUUAAAUGAAGCCAAAAACGUGGUGAGAGAAUUGAAACUAAAAGCAGCGCAACAGCAAGAAAUUCUAUCAGAAAAACAGGCCAAAGCCAAUUCAGCUUUGGACAUGAUCAGCAACACCAUGAAGAACGCCAAUGACCAGAAAAAGGAAAUGGAAACUUUAAAACAGCACACGCAGGAAGAGAGCAUUAAAUUGGCAAAACGGAAGCAAGAAAUAGAAGAAGAAUUGGCAGAAGUGAAGCCGCUCAUAGAAGAAGCAAGAACCGCAGUGGGAAACAUAAAAUCUGAAGCACUAUCGGAAAUUAGGUCGCUGAGAGCACCCCCGGAUGUGAUUAGGGACAUACUUGAAGGUGUUCUACGUCUAAUGGGAAUCCAGGACACUUCCUGGAACAGCAUGAAGAAUUUCUUGUCAAAACGUGGUAUCAAAGAAGACAUAAGGUCGUUUGACGCCAGUAGAAUCUUGCCAGAAAACAGACAAGCUGUAGAACGUUUAAUGAACUUGAAGAAGGACUCGUUCAAUUCAAAACUCGCGAAACGUGCUUCGGUUGCAGCAGCGCCUCUGGCCACAUGGGUCUCAGCGAAUGUUCGAUACUCGGUUGUUUUGGACAGCAUCAAACCGUUGGAAAGAGAGCAGUACAAAUUGCAAAAGAAUUUAGAUAAUGCCGAGUUUCAAUUGGAAGGUCUCAGUGCUGGUUUGACAAACGUGGAUGCCGCGGUGGCCAAACUUAAAGAGCAAUUGUCGACUUAUACCAGAGAAGCUGCCGAAAUUGAAAUAAGCUUGAAAGCUGCACAAGAAACAUUGGACAAUGCUGAAGGUCUCGUUGACAAGCUAACUGGUGAAUACGAGCGAUGGCAGGAACAGAUCGAAAAGUUGUCUCAAGACAUACUCCAUCUUCCUCCGAAUUGCUUGCUAGCGUCCGCGUUUGUAGUUUACUUGGGGGGCUGUGGCAAAUCGGAGAGAAUAUCAAUUUUAAAUAAAUGGACGAAUAUAUUGAAGAACGAGUACGACAUUGACGACUUUUCCAUUGAAAAGUUUUUAAGUUCGGAAAGGAUAAAACUCCAGUGGCUAACGGAAGGUCUCUCUAGUGACAAACUUUCUAUACAAAACGCCAUCAUCUUACUAAACACAAAGUUAUGUCCAGUUGUAAUAGAUCCAUCCUCAGAGGCUAUAAAAUGGUUCGUUGAGCAUUUGAAAAACAAAAGUGUUGAAAGAGUAACUCAAAAUUGUUCUAAAUUUAUAACCACUCUUGAACUUGCAAUUAGAUUUGGAAAAGUAUUAAUCGUAGAAGAAAUAGAUACAAUAUCGCCAGUACUUUAUCCCAUUGUGAGAAAAGAAUUUUCCUUACAAGGACAAAGAAAAUUGAUCGGAAUAAACGGCAAAUUAGUUGAUUAUCAUGAAAAGUUUUCGUUGAUUUUUGUAACUCGCAACACACAACUGAAGCUACCAGUUGAAAUAAAGUCAUCAGUAAAUCUGAUAAAAUUCGUAACAGCACAGGAGGGACUAGAAGAACAAUUACUGAAUUCGGUUAUUCAGAAAAUAAGUCCAGACCUUGAAAAACGUAAAAAAGAUCUGCUGUGCCAACAAGAGGAAUUACAAGAAAAACAAAUACAAUUACAGGACCAAUUGCUAGAAGAUUUAACAAAUUCAUCUGGUGAUAUUCUUCAAAAUAAGGACUUGAUCGUUUCUCUAAACAAAACCAAGUCCGGAUCUGAUGCGAUCGUUAAAGCGCUUGAAGAAUCAAGAAAAAUUCAGGAGGUGAUGCAAGCGGAAUAUGAUGUUUAUAAAGAGAUUUCAAACUUUGGAAGUUUCCUUUAUUUUUCAGCUAUAGAUUUUUCAAAAAUAAACGUUCUGUACUCACUUUCGAUCAAGUCAUUCACAAGAUUGUUUUUAAAUACGUUACCACCUUUCGAGGAUGACGAAUAUGAUAUAAAUUUGGCUAAAAGUGCUUUAAUACAGGCCUUUUACAAUUACAUGGGUCGUGGUGUUUUUAAAAAAGACAGACUGACUUUUGCGUUGUUCUUGACCCGUAAAUUAUUUCCAAAAGAAAUUCCCGAAGAGCAAUGGGAAAUAUUUUUGGGAAAAACGGCAACCAAAAGAAGUAUCGAGCUUGAAGAAGUUCCCCAAUGGAUACCGAAACAUUUAUCUCAAAAUGUUAUUUCUUUACAAUUACUUCCAGCCUUUUAUAAAAUGUUAAGAUUAGAUGACCAAAAGCUAUGGGAAAGUUUUAUUCAAAAUACAGAUUGCGAGAACUACUUUCCACAACAUACAAAGUAUUCUGAUUUUGAAAAAGUGCUAUUAGUUCAAUGCUUCAGACCUGAUAGACUUCUUACAGUAUUGACGAGUUUUAUAUUUCGACUAACAGGUCUUAGAAGCUUGCAUCCUGAGAUACUACAAUUUUCGAAAAUUUUCGGAGAAUCUAUUGAAAAUGAACCAAUAUUGAUAAUAACCAGUUCUGGUAAUGAUCCAUCUGUAGAACUUAAAUCUUUAGCUGAACGAACUGUUGGACCUCAAAAAUAUGUUGAGAUUUCAAUGGGUGAAGACGAAAAAGAUGCGGUGCUGACCACUCUGCUGGAAGCUGCAAAGCUAGGAAACUGGCUAACGUUAAAAAAUUUACAUUUAGUAACCACUUGGUUGCCAAUUCUUUGCCAGAAUCUGCAGAAUAUCGAAUUUCACAAAGAUUUCAGACUUUGGUUAGUAACGGAAUAUCACAAGCAGUUUAGUCCAGUUUUGGCUCAAAAUUGUUUAAAAGUCGUUUUCGAAGCACCCCAAGGAAUCAAAAAUAACAUCCUGAGAAGUUUCUCGAAAUGGGGACCAUCAUAUUUAAAUAAAUUAAAUCCCACAGGAUCUAGGAUAUUUUUUAUCCUUGCAUGCAUCCAUGCUGUUUUACAAGAAAGGAGGACUUAUAUACCACAAGGAUGGUCAAAAUGGUACGAAUUCAGUGACUCAGACUUGUCUACGAUAGUCCGAUUGGCGGAGGAAAUAUGGAAGUCGCAAACAAUCGCGCUGGUGUGGAAAUAUCUUUAUGGAUUAUGUGCGGAUGCUGUAUAUGGAAGUAGAAUCGAAAAAAAGGAGGAUCGAAAAAUCCUUAAAGCCUACUUGAAACAAUAUUUAAAUGACGAAUGUCUCAGUCACAGAUGGCGUCCUUUAGGAUUAAACGCACCCUUGCCGACAUCUUCUAAUUACGACGAAUACAUAAAAUCAAUUCAGCAUCUCAACAAUCGCGAUUUGGCAGUUUAUUUUGGUUUGCCUGAAAAUAUAGAAAAAGCUUUGGAAAGAAAUACAAGCGUUCGUGUCGUGGAGAAAUUGAAAGACUUAUAUAUUGGAGGAAAUAUGCUAGCGAGUGAUGUUUUCGCAAAAACUAACAUAAACAAUUGGCAAAAAUGUUUGGUGCCGUACAUGUCCCUGUGGAAAAAAUUAAACCAAAACCAUGGAUUUAUAAAAGAAAACGUAGACAUGUUGCGUUGCGAAGGAAAUCCGCUAGAAGUGUUUAUAGCGGAAGAAUACAAACAUGGGAUUUUACUGUCGCAGAGAAUUCACAAAUCCCUUUCGGCGUUAAACAGUGUAUUAAAGGGCAAUUCUGCACCAAACGACGAAGACAAAAAGAUUGUAAGCGAUUUUCAAAACCAUAAGACACCAAUUUGUUGGUUAAAAAUAUGGAAAGGUUCGGAAGACCCUCAAGAUUACAUGAAAAGCGUUGUGGGAAAAGUAAGAAAAUUGUUGGAUUGGCAAAAUACAAAACCGAUCGAAAAAUUUUUUGGACUUUCUAUAGAUUUAUCGUACACCUUUCACCCGGAAGGUUUUUUCGCUGCUUUUAAACAGUACCAUGCGAGAAAAUAUAAAAUUGCUUUAGACGAAUUGUGUAUGAGAACUACAUUUACUCCAUCUCCUGAUGGAGAAUCUCUAACUUUAACCAAUUUAUUAUUAGAAGGAGGUCUUUUCAAUGGUCGAAAAUUAAUAAUGUGUGACUCUAACUCGAACAAUUUGAGUUCCUCCCCUGAUUGUCAAUUGUCUUGGGAAACUAAGACUUCCAAACUUGACAAUUAUGAAUACUUAAAUGUUCCCUUGUAUACUUCGAAAAGGGAAAGACUUUUAACGUUCCUACAGGUCCCAUGUGAACCGAAAGAAAAGGAAAUAUGGAUAACAGCAGCUUUGGCAUUUUUUAUUGAUUUUUAGUCUUGUAAUAGUUAUCACAUAAUAAAGAAAUUU